CAGCAUUAUCAUGUACGUCUGUAGCUAAAACAAACACAUAAACCACUUUCCCUCUUUUCACUGUUGAGAUAAUCGCUUUAAGUCUUGGAUUUUUCAUUCAGUUCUCCAAAACCAAGUGGGCAGCGGCUAAUGGCUGCCAAUUUUUCUCUCCUACAUGUCCCUCCAUCCAUCUCUUCUCGGCACCAGCUCUGCUCUUUCCAAAGCAAACUUCAACUCAAAAAAUUUAAACCCAUAAACCCAUGUUUAUCCCCUUCAAUCCAAAAUGGGAAGUGUAAAUUUUCUGUUAUUUCUUGUGCUUCUUCGAAUGGAAGAGAGCCUGAGUCAUCGGAAGGUGGAAUUAAGGGUGUAGAGAAAAUUCUUGAAGAGAAACGACGUGCCGAAUUGUCUGCUAGGAUUGCUUCUGGGGAGUUCACUGUAAAGAAUUCUGGUUUUCCAUCUAUAUUGAAGAAUGGAUUGUCAAAAAUUGGUGUUCCAAAUGAGAUUUUGGAAUUUUUAUUCAAAUGGGUUGAUGCUGGUGAAGAUUAUUCAAAGAUUCCUGAAGCAAAAGGAGCAAUUAGUGCCAUUAGGAGUGAGGCAUUCUUCAUACCCUUGUAUGAGCUUUACCUCACAUAUGGUGGAAUUUUUAGAUUGACUUUCGGACCUAAGUCCUUUUUAAUUGUUUCUGAUCCUUCUAUUGCCAAACAUAUAUUGAAGGACAAUUCAAAAGCUUACUCAAAGGGUAUCUUGGCAGAAAUUCUGGAUUUUGUCAUGGGGAAAGGACUCAUCCCAGCUGAUGGAGAAGUAUGGCGUGUUCGGCGACGUGCUAUAGUCCCAGCAUUGCAUCAGAAGUAUGUAGCGGCCAUGAUUAGACUAUUUGGACAAGCAACAGAUAGGCUCUGCAAGAAGCUAGAUGCAGCUGCAUCUGAUGGGGAGGAUGUAGAAAUGGAAUCACUUUUCUCUCGUUUGACACUAGAUAUCAUUGGCAAGGCAGUAUUUAAUUAUGAGUUUGAUUCACUUACAAAUGAUACUGGAAUAGUUGAGGCUGUUUACACAGUCCUCAGAGAAGCAGAAGACCGAAGUGUUGCACCAAUUCCUUUCUGGGAGAUCCCAGUUUGGAAAGACAUUUCACCACGCCAAAGGAAAGUUUCAGCGGCCCUCAAGUUAAUCAAUGAGAUACUUGAUGAGCUGAUUGCAAUAUGCAAGAGAAUGGUAGAUGAAGAAGAGCUAAAUUUUCAUGAGGAAUACAUGAACGAACAAGAUCCAAGUAUUCUUCACUUCCUGUUGGCAUCAGGAGAUGAUGUUUCUAGCAAGCAACUUCGUGAUGACUUGAUGACAAUGCUCAUAGCUGGACAUGAAACGUCAGCUGCAGUUUUAACAUGGACAUUUUAUCUGUUGUCCAAGGAGCCGAGUGUCUUGUCCAAGCUCCAAAGUGAGGUUGAUUCUGUUCUAGGAGAUCGAUUUCCGACAAUAGAAGACAUGAAGAAGCUCAAGUACACAACUCGAGUAAUUAAUGAAUCUUUGAGGCUGUAUCCUCAACCGCCUGUUUUAAUUCGACGAUCUCUAGAGAAUGAUGUUCUUGGAAAGUACCCCAUAACAAGGGGUGAAGAUAUAUUUAUUUCUGUGUGGAACCUGCAUCGAAGUCCUCAUCUAUGGGAAGAUGCAGAAAAGUUCAACCCUGAAAGAUGGCCUUUAGAUGGACCCAAUCCAAAUGAGACCAACCAAAAUUUCUGUUACUUGCCAUUCGGUGGAGGACCACGAAAAUGCGUAGGGGACAUGUUUGCAUCAUUUGAGAGUGUUGUCGCUGUUGCUAUGCUUGUUCGGAGAUUCAACUUUCAAAUGGCACUUGGGGCACCUCCAGUUAAGAUGACAACAGGAGCAACGAUCCACACAACAGAAGGGUUGAAGAUGACUGUCACACCAAGAAUAAAACCUCCCAUAAUACCAAAGUUGGAUACGCCUGCUGUGACAGUAGAUGCACCUGUAAAUGUUUCCAGUGAGGAACCCCAGCUUGGUCAGAAAGGUGAAGUUUCUGCUGCCCAUUCCUCCUGAUUUCUACCAUCAGAUACAUAUCAUGGACAUGUGAUACGAAAAGAGAAAAAGAAAACCCAAAAACCUAUUUACCCACUCCUCUUGUUCUUAUUAUAUAUAUGUAUAUAUAAUAUAUAUUUUUAUUUAAACUGUUCUAAUCAGCUUUGAAUUAAUACUUCUCUUAAUAUUUUAUUUAAAUUUAAAAUUUGUGCAAUAUGAGAUAAAAUUUUGAAUUCAA